AUGGCUCGAGUCAAGUCGGAAAAAGGGUUUUCUGACGAGCCAGAGAAUGUGAAGUGCUUCGAGCGGGAGCGGUUGGGAGGUGUCAGCAGCGGUGCUGCAGCUGGUGGUGGAGUAUUGCCGCUACCACGGACUUGCCCGGGCGCUCUGAUUAGGCUGAUUGUCAGUGCAGGCAGGUCAGUGUCUCAGCUAGUGUCAACAGCGGUGCUGCAGCUGGUGGUGGAGUACUGCCGUGCUACCACAGACUUGUCCGGGUGGUCGGACAAGCUCAGUCAGUCCGUCACCCCCCCCUCCCCUCUCCCCUCCUCCCCUCCUCAUGCCUCUCCCCUUAAAUAA